GCAGCCCACCUGAAUUCUCUUCUCCUGACAACAUGUGUUGCAACUACGGGAACUCCUGUGGCUAUGGCUGCGGAUGUGGCUAUGGCUGUGGCUAUGGCUCAGGUUAUGGCUGUGGCUAUGGGUCUCGCUAUGGCUGUGGUUAUGGCUCAGGUUAUGGCUGUGGCUAUGGCUCAGGUUAUGGCUGUGGAUAUGGCUCAGGUUAUGGCUGUGGCUAUGGCUCAGGCUGUGGCUGUGGCUAUGGCUCUGGUUGUGGCUGUGGCUAUGGCUCGGGAUGGGGCUGUGGAAAAGGCUCCUGCUCUGGGUGUGGAUACGGCUCUGGCUGCUGUGGCUACCGGCCAUUUUGCUACAGAAGAUGUUAUUCUUCUUGUUGCUAGACCAUCACUCUCCAAGACCCAUUUGCCUCUGAAAUGAUACAUCUAGAGAGAUGACUGAUUCAAGGAUCCAAACCCCCACAUUCCUAUAUCCACGGAAUUGCAUGCUUGGCAGAAGAUUUGACCCCCAUUGAACAUUUGUUAGGAUGGCAUCUUGAGGCUCCAGGCUGUGUGGUAUCAUCUGACUAUUUCCCAAAUGUUGGUCUUUGUUCCCUUAAUCUGGAUUCUGUGUUGGGACUGUGCCAGGGAUCCUAAGAUCCCACAG